CCUCUGUCUGGGCCGCCUCUGACCCGGAAGCGGCGCGGAGCAAAGGGCUUUGGGCCUCUCAUUAGCGAGCUCCGGGGGUUGCGGGGAGUUAGUGACAGGCGCGCGCUUGGCCGUCGCCUGUGCCGCUUUGCUUGCGGGGAUUCGAACCGGCGGCCGGAUAUUUUAGGAAGACGUGAUUUUCAAAGCUAAUUAUGAAAACAUUUGUCAUUGGAAUCAGUGGUGUGACAAAUGGUGGGAAGACAACACUCGCUAAGAAUUUGCAGAAACGUCUCCCAAAUUGCAGUGUCAUAUCUCAGGAUGAUUUCUUUAAGCCAGAGUCUGAGAUAGAGAUAGAUAAAAAUGGAUUUCUGCAGUAUGAUGUACUUGAAGCGCUUAACAUGGAAAAAAUGAUGUGUGCCAUUUCCUGCUGGAUGGAAAGAUCAAGACACUCUCCGGUAUCAACAGACUGGGAAAGUGCUGAGGAAGUUCCCAUUUUAAUCGUCGAAGGUUUCCUUCUUUUUAAUUACAAGCCCCUUGACACCAUAUGGAAUAGAAGCUAUUUUCUGACCAUUCCAUAUGAAGAAUGUAAGAGGAGGAGGAGUACCAGGGUCUAUGAGCCUCCAGACCCACCAGGGUACUUUGAUGGCCAUGUGUGGCCCAUGUAUCUGAAGCACAGACAAGAGAUGGAGGACGUCACAUGGCAAAUUGUUUACCUAGAUGGAACAAAAUCUGAAGAGGAUGUCUUUUCACAAGUGUAUGAGGAUCUAGUACAAGAACUAGCAAAGCAGAAGUGUCUGCAAGUAACAGCAUAAAGAUGGAAUGCACCAAAUUCUUCCUGGGGUGAAUUAGGAAACUCAAAGGAAUAUAAUCAAGAACCUUAACCAAGAUACAAUA